AUGAAUAGCAUAGGUGAAGAAUGUACUGAUUUAAAGAAAAAAUAUGAUGAUUGCUUUAAUAGUUGGUUUUCUGAGAGAUUCUUAAAAGGGGACCACGACGAUUCUGUAUGCGCUGGUAUUUUUAAAGUUUAUCAAGAAUGUGUUAAGAAUGCAAUGAAGCAGCAAAAUAUUGAUUUUAAAGAAAUUGACAAAGAAGUUUUAGGAACCGAUAAUGAAUUUAAAGUUCCACCUACUGGAAACAGU